GACGGCACGUGAGCGGGCAACAAUCCGUACUGUCAUUGGGGUACAACACGGAGAGUUAUUGGGCUGAGCCCCCCGAGCGAAGCGCUGGUGGAGAUGCUGCUGGGGCACAAGCGACCUACAUCGCUGCAGACUGCCGGCGGCGGGGGCAGCUUUGGCGGCGGCAGCGGUGGCGACGGCAGCGGUGGCGGCGGCGGCGGCUGCGGCAGCAGCGGGGGCGCGUGCGCGCAUCCUGGUAGCAGAGGGGGCGGGAAAGGCCACGUGGAGGAGGAGAGCGCAGCGCCGCCCAAGAAGCGGCGCAAGCGCGCAGCCUGAGGAGCCGGCUGGUGUCUAGGUAGCGGUCCGCGGUGGGGCUGGCAGGGCAUGCGUAGCGGCAUGACAAGUAGUGCGGCUGUUGACAACUGUGCUGCGUCUGGCUGCGGUUGGCUCUGCUGUGGCAUCGCGAUUGCUAGGCACCUGUUUUGGCUAUGUGCCUGUGGAAACCGACCCCGGCUAUGUCCGGGUGAUGAGUUGAUCGGCCUCAGACUGUGGAGGGGCUCCGCCCCUUUAACGUGACCGGGGAACAAUGCUUCUAAGACUAACGGACAAUGGUGGCUUGACGCGGUUGUAUGUCUUGGCUAGCGCAGGGGGGGAGGUAGAAUCUCCUGAAACGGACCCCAUGCCUCAAAUGGAUAGAGCUCAACAAGAAAUCUAGAAUUGUUUGGCCUGUGCUACGGCUACAAGGGUGCGAAGGGGAAAGUUUGAAGUUGGCAACUCUUCCUUUGUGGAA